CUCCUCCACCUCCUCCACCUCCUCCACCUCCUCCUCCACCUCCUCCACCUCCUCCUCCACCUCCUCGCGAUGUCUUCUACACCUCGUCGACACCUCAUCCUCCUCCACCUCCUCCACCUCCUCCUACUACUCUCAGUGGCGUCCAUGGAUCCAGUUCCCUUUGAGAACGUGACAACCGCCUCCUCCUACAACAACACCACCGUCACCAUGACACCCGGAGCCAGCACAAUUCCCUUCGAGAACGUGACAACCGCCUCCUCCUACAACAACACCACCGUCACCAUGACACCCGGAGCCAGCACAACGCCCCCUCCCCCAGGCCGAGUGAACUCCUUUGACGCUGCCAGCUUCAUCGGCGGCGUGGUCCUCUCACUGGCCCUGGUGGCCAUUGUGUUCAUCACGUGUCGUGUGGUGAACACUCACUCACCCAGCUACGACUCACUAACCUGACCGUUACCACCAACAUCACCCACCAUCACCAGGACCCGCCGCUAGGCCUGGGCCUAGCUGUAGGCCCACGCUUAGCAUUAGGUCUAAACUUGGUUUAGGUCUGGACCUAGGUUUUAGGCCUGAACCUAGGGUAAGGCCUGAACCGAGGGUUAGGCUUGGGCCUAGGGUAAGGCCUGGGACCUCGGGUUAGGCUUGGGCCUAGGGUUAGGCUUGAGCCUAGGUUUAAGCCUGAAACUAGGGUAGGGCCUGGGCCUAGGGCAAGGCCUGAACCGAGGGUUAGGCUUGGGCCUAGGGUAAGGCCUGAACCUAGGGUUAGGCUUGGGCCUAGGGUUAGGCCUGGGCAGGGGGUAAGGCCUGGACCUAGGGUAAGGCCUGAACCUAGGGUUAGGCCUGAACCUAGGGUAAGGCCUGAACCUAGGGUAAGGCCUGAACCUAGGGUUAGGCCUGGACCUAGGGUUAGGGUUGGGCCUAGGGUAAGGCUUUGGGCCUAGGGUAAGGGUUGGGCCUAGGGUAAGGCCUGAACCUAGGGUAAGGCUUGGGCCUAGGGUAAGGCCUGGGCCUAGGGUAAGGCCUGAACCUAGGGUAAGGCUUGGGCCUAGGGUAAGGCUUGGGCCUAGGGUAAGGCCUGAACCUAGGGUAAGGCUUGGGCCUAGGGUAAGGCUUGGGCCUAGGAUAGGGUUGGGCCUAGGGUAAGGCCUGAACCUAGGGUAAGGCUUGGGCCUAGGGUAAGGCUUGGACUUAGGGUAAGGCUUGGGCCUAGGGUAAGGGUUGGGCCUAGGGCCAAAGUCUCAUCCUAACCAUAGGCCCAGGAUUAUGGAAAUUCCCCCUGGCUAAGUGCAAAUGCUGAAUGUUUAAACUCGCCACUGAUGUUGACCGUGAGCGGGAAUCGAACUCAGGUCGCGGCGUUCGUGGUGCAGCGCUGCGCUGACCACUGUGCCACUACUCCCCCUCUCCACACACACACACAGAGACUCGGAU